CGGUCUCCAGUGACAAAGGACUCAUUGUCUAGGGCGAGAGGGCGCGCGGUUUGCGGUUUAUGGGAACCCCGAGUCAUGGCGCAGAAGCCGCUCAGCACCGCGGCCGCGGAGCGCAUGAACCUUGUGGCCCAGGACGAGAUCUGGAAAUACCGUCUGAAGACUGAAUACGAAGCCCAGGAAAACUGGCCGACGAAGUGGGGGUACUUAACGACCUCCAUGGAGAAGCUGCUGGAAGGUGAAGAAGAGCCUCAUACUCCAAAGCCCAAGAUAGAGCUGCCCAGUCACUUCCGUGUCCGGCCGGUGAGCCCCUUGGACAAAUACAUCAAGAUCCUUCCAUCGCCUCCAGUCCCGAAGACCACCCAGGGCUUCAUCGGAUGGCGAUCUGGGGUGCCGGGCCUGAACAAGUGCCUGGAGCACGACACAGAGAUUCGCAGCUGCAAAGGGGCUUACGCCAGAGAGCUGCACUGGCCUGAGCAAGGCGUGCACUGAGCCGCCACCAGCCCCUGCUUCACCGGCUGGGUGUGCCCCGCGCCUGGGGGAGCCUCUCUGAGGACAGCUCCCUGCUCAUCUCAAGGGGCGCACGUGCCGAAGAACCACAGUUACUGGCGCUUCCAAGAAGACUCUUGGCUAAAGUAACGUCAAAAUAGAUACCCCGGUUUGCUUGUU